GAUCGUCGAAUAUUAGAUAAAAUCUAUAAAUCAAUGGAUAACAUCGUUAAAUUUUGCCAGCAACCGAGGUUAAACUUGAAAAAUUCUCCACCAUUUAUUUUGGAUAUAUUACCUGAUACAUUUCAAACACUGUCAACGAUUAUUGCUCGAGAUUCGAAUUGUUUAAAGGAGAACUAUUAUUUGCAACUUUUUGUCGAAAAUCUUCACUUAAAAUGUAAACAGACGUUGAAACUUUUUAAAGAGGAUCGUGAACGAAUUUUCGAUGAAGGUUCAUCGUCCAGAAGGAAUUUAACAAAGCUUUCACUUAUAUUUUCACACAUGCUUGCUGAAUUAAAAGCUGAAUUUCCUGAUGGAAUCUUUAUUGGCGAAAAUUUUCGAAUUACUAAAAAAGAGGCAGAUGCUUUUUGGAAGGAAUCCUUUGGAAAUAAAACUACGGUCCACUGGUUGGAAUUUCGUGCAGCAUUAAAUAAAGUACACAAAUUGAAUACGGGUCUCGAAACACUUGCCCUUAAAUCAACGAUUGAUCUCACUAUGAACGAACAUAUUUCGAAUUUCGAAUUUGAUGUUUUUACUAGGUUUACAUCGCUUCAAAUUUAA